AUGAUUGAUUCCGUGGCGCUUAUUUCCCGUGGAGGACUUGUAAUUUGGACUUUCAGCCCUGAUCCUAAAUCUAACGUCUUUAUUCCAGAUAAUAAAUGUUCUAACAUUAAUAAACUCAUUCAGAAUGUUAUUCUUCAAGAGAAGGGAGGAGAUAAAUAUGCUUGUUUGGAUGGAGUACAUUUCAGGUGGAAUUUAAUCAACUCAAUUGACUCUCUUUUAUUCAUCGCUUACAAGGGAAUUCAGAAUACAAAUGUAUUGGUUGAUUUAUUGGAUAAAUGUUCUAAAGCUAUUGUAACUAAACUUGAAACUGAAUAUUCUAUACCAAAUAAUGUUAAUUGGUUUCUUCAUCCAAUAGAAUUCAAUUUUGAUAAUGAUUUCAAAUCACUCUUAAUCAAUACUAACAAUACUACUAAUAUUACCAACAUUACCACUAGCAAUAGUACUACUACUACUACGACUAACAGUACUAACACUAGUACUAUAACGAAUAAAAAAGAGAAAAUAAAAGUAAUGAGACAAUGGGAUGUAAAAACAAAUGUGACAAAACGAGAUAUGGACGAGUUAGAUUAUUCAGAUAAAUCAGAACCAAAACAUACAACUCAGUCGACGAACCAGAAUCAAUUAAUUCCUAAAUUAAAUACAAACGUAUUUAAAAUGAAUAAAAUGAUAAAAUCAUUAAUGGAUUCUGUAAAAUCAAUGGUUAGUAGGGAGAACACAAACUUUGAGCUGUUGGACAAGUUCACAGCACAAGUGCUGAAAUAUUCAGGAAAUAUGAUGAUAACAGAGGAGUCGUUAGUUACACCAAUAAACAUAUUGACGGAUAAACUCCGUUCUAAAAACGUUGCAGGUGAUAUAUGUGAGAUGAUUUGUCGUUCAGUUAGUACACACUUAGUAGGUAAGAGAACUGAGUCACUCCGUUCACUUUCGAGUACUGUCAAAAAAGCUUUGGAGGAUUCUGUAAGGCGUAUUUUAACGCCUAAAAACCCAAUUAACCUGAUUAAACAGGUUAAAGAAUUAAACGCCAAUGGUUCAGUAUAUUCAAUAGUAUUUUUAGGCGUAAAUGGAGUUGGGAAAUCAACUUCAUUAGCCAAAGUGGCAUAUUUAUUAAAGAGCAGUGGAUUUAAAGUACUUGUAAUUGCUUGUGACACGUUCAGGUCUGGAGCAGUAGAGCAAUUGAAAACACAUACUAGAAAUUUAGGACUCCAAUUGUUCGAACGUGGAUAUGGUAAAGAUCCUUCACAAAUUGCUAAAGAAGGUCUUAAAUAUGCAACUGCUAACCAGUUUGAUGUUGUAUUAAUUGAUACAGCGGGUCGUAUGCAGGAUAAUGAGCCAUUGAUGGCAGCAUUGACCAAGUUGAUCACAGUGAAUAAUCCUAACCUGAUUUUAUUCGUAGGAGAAGCUUUAGUAGGAAAUGAUGCAGUAGAUCAGUUAAAGAAAUUUAAUACUGCAAUUGGAAAGGGCACAGAUCGUUCAAUUGACGCAUUACUGUUGACUAAAUUUGAUACUGUGGAUGACAAGGUUGGAGCCGCACUAUCCAUGGUAUAUAUUACUGGAAAACCUAUACUAUUUGUUGGAAAUGGCCAGACUUAUAGUGAUUUACAGCCUCUAGACGUUGAACUUAUCACCAAAUUCUUACUCACAUAA